ACAGCGGCGACACACGGCGGGCUCAGACAGAGAGAGAGGAGGCGGAGAUCAUCAGCACUGCCAGCGUAACCAGGGGGAGGGGCGUUCCAACUCCCGGAAGCACAUACAAACUCUAGGCAACGUACUAGUAAUUUAUUAUUAUUAGUUACCUACCGUAAUUAAUAUGUUUAAUGUGUUUGUAAUAUAUAUAGUGUUGAAUAGUGGUUCAACCUAUAAGAUUUUUUUACUUUUACAUUUAUCUCCCUCUCUUGAAAAUUCCACCAUGUUGUAGUUUUUACUCUGUCCACCGCGGUUUAGUGAACACGAGGACGCUUUCUACAAAGGACUACAAAGGACUACAUAUCCCAGCUGCAACCACGACGUUUACGGAAGUGAGCUCUUCAGGUUCAACCGUUGCCGGCUGUGCUCGUUAUCAACAUAUCGACUGUGUUAGAAAACUGAAACGGCUGCAGGGAAAGAAUACCGUACUUUAUUUCUCUUGAAAUAAAUGCUGAAAUGAAGCCUUCGCUGGACUCCGACGAAGAUGAAGAGAUAGGAACUUAUCAGAAGAAAUUGAGAGAGCGGGCCAACCGCAGUAUUCAGCAGCUAAGCAGCAUGCUGGUGAACCAGAGCUCCAAUGCUGAGGCACUGGAGCAAUCGAGCAGUCAGCACAGUCCACCAGAGAGCUCGAGACAACAAACGCAGCAGAGCGAAGCAGUCAGUCAGCUGCGUUCAUUGCUUCAGAAACAGCCGAAAGAAGUCAACUCUCCUUCACCUUCAAAAAGGAAACCUGUUCCAAAGAGAGAGACAGAUGAAGAUGAUGGAAGUUUACCUCCAGUCCAGGAUCUGGUCCCCAUCAUUCACAACCAGUCCGAGUACAUCCAGCACCUUGAGGCUGAGGUCAAGUUCUGCAAGGAAGAACUGAUUGCGUUGAAGCAGCGAAUCAGAGUAGUAGUUGUAGAGAAUGAAAAACUGCAUGAGGAGAUCAAGGCAAAGAUGUUAGAAGACACUCUGAAGGAUUACACUCUCCUGGAUGGCACGGUAAAUGCUGAAACUUCAGUAGAUAAAGUUACCUCAACACCAGCAGCAAAACCGAGAUGGGAUUUCAUUCAAAAAUCAGAAGAUAAGAAGUGGGAAAAAGAACUGGAGCAGUUAAGAUGUUUGUACCAAGCACAGACUGAAACGCUAGAAGCUCAGGUAGUUUCACUGAAGAAGGAAUUGGUGAGCUCUCAGACAGAAUGUGAGGACCUGAAGGAGCGUUUGAGGCAUAAGGAAGCGAUGGCAAGUGUAUUGGCGGCUGGUCAGCGUGUCGGGGGUCUGUGUCUGAAAUGUGCGCAGCAUGAAGCUGUACUGGCAGAAACGCACUCCAACAUUCACAUCCAGGCCAUCGAGCGACUCACCAAAGAGCGAGACGAGCUGAUGACGGCGCUGUGCUCUCUGAGGGCCAGUCAGAGCGAGGUGCAGCAGAGGGAGUGGGCUGCUUAUCAUCAGGUCAAACAGGCUGUGGAAAUGGCAGAGGAGGCUAACUUGGAGAAGACCAAGGCAGUAGUACAUUGUGAGCACGUCCUUGCUGAGCUGGCUAGGCAGAGGGAGAGACUGGAGAAGGAACUUGCUUUAGAACAGGAGAAGAUUGUGCAGGCGAGGGAUGCAGCCCGGUCCGAGAGCAAGAGGGAGAAAGAGGAGCUCGCCCAGAUGGUGACCUCCUUGACAUGCAGAGUGGCUGAGCUAGAGGGACUUUUGGAUCGAGGAGACCGAGAGAGGAACUCCCUCAACACUCAGCUAGAGGAGGCCUUUAAGAAGCUCACCGCUCAGGAGACUGAUAACAGCAAGGUGUGUGGGGAGCUGCGCUACCAGUUGAGCCAGGCCCAGCUUAAGAGAGAAGAGGCUGAGAGGGAAUUACGGGACUCGCGCUCUAAACUGGGCCGGCAGCUUGAGUUAGCACAACAGGAAGUGCAGAAGCUGGGUGCAGAGCUGAGUGGCAGCCAGCAGCGUUUGGAGGAGGCCCAGAGGGCAGAGGGCCGAGCUCGGACGGAGGCAGCCGGCCUGGCAGAGGGGCUGAACCGCGCCCAGCGCCAACUGCACCUCACCAGGAAGGAGAAAGAGACACUGGAGCGCCGUUGUGUGGAGGACAUGGCUGCUCUGACCUUCCAGGCUCAACGGCGCGAGCAUGAGCUGACACAGACGCUCCAGCAAAUGGAAGCGCAGCACGAGAGGAAUGUCGCAGACAUGGAUGCCUUGCUGAGCUUGCAGAAUGGCCUCAUAGGGAAGCUGAAGGAUGAGUGUCGCACUCUUUGUUCAAAAAUGGAAGAGCUGACCCAGUCUAACAGGGCCGAGGUAGAACAGCUUUCUUUAGAGAAGGAGCACCUGCAGGAUAGUGUGGAAAAGCUUCGAGGUCGCUGUCAUGAGAUGGAGGAACAGUGUGUACAGCAUGGGAGAAUGCACCAGCGCAUGAAACACAGAUUGCAGCAGCUGGACCAGCACUGUCAGACCAGCGCUCAGCAGGUGAUGGAGCUGCUCGACAGAGAGAACCAGCUCGUACACGAGAGGCAGCUCCUCACUGAAGAGAUGCACAUCUUGCGUGUACAGUUACCAGCAGAGAGGAGAGAAACUCUCGGAACAGCGUGAGGGCGGUUAUUUCCUCCUCUCUUGACGGAGUUAAUCCGAUCACACCGACAGAGCGCCAUCGCCGCGGCUUUACUCAAACCACGAGGGAUUUCGCUACAAGUAAGAAGUGAGUGAGUGGGUGCGAGUUUGUGCGUGUGAUGGCUGCAGGGGGUCGUGUGACAUCACAGUCCAUACUGCGUACACAGCAGCAGUGCUGGCUCGCGGUCACUAACACACUCACACACACACACCACACCCUCUACACACAUGGAUUUGAUAACUUAUGUUCAGGAUUUCCUAUUCCUCCAACAAAUGUACUUAAAAUGUCGAUUUUUAUCAUUCAAAGAUUGAAAUUUAUUUGCCGUGUUUACAUGUUUGGGACUUUGUUUUGUAAACAUGCUUUGUUAAUAAAACGUUCAAAUCUGA